CGGGGAAGAAGCACACACUCACAUCCACCGGGGCUGCUCUACCGGACGCACUCACCUGAGAAGCGCGACGACCGGCGCCUACAGGUUCUCUCACCGGCCGAGAACGGGCACGGCUGGGGCGUAGCCGUGGUGUAGAAGUGUGCGGCGGUGUACCCUGCGGCGCUGGAAGAUUACACCCUGAUCCGGGGACAGGACACAGGAUAAGGCGAUGGGGAAGCAGAACAGCAAGCUCCGUCCAGAGAUGCUGCAAGACCUGCGGGAGAAUACAGAAUUCUCAGAUCAUGAGCUGCAGGAGUGGUAUAAAGGCUUCUUGAAGGACUGUCCAUCUGGUAUUCUCAACGUGGAAGAGUUCAAGAAGAUCUAUGCCAACUUCUUCCCAUAUGGAGAUGCCUCCAAGUUUGCUGAGCACGUUUUCCGUACAUUUGACACAAACGGUGACGGGACUAUAGAUUUCAGGGAGUUUAUCAUUGCACUGAGUGUCACCUCAAGGGGGAAACUGGAGCAGAAACUUAAGUGGGCGUUCAGUAUGUAUGACCUAGAUGGCAAUGGCUACAUCAGCCGGGAGGAGAUGUUGGAGAUAGUACAGGCAAUUUAUAAGAUGGUUUCCUCUGUUAUGAAGAUGCCAGAGGAUGAGUCCACCCCAGAGAAACGCACAGAGAAAAUCUUCAGACAGAUGGACACAAAUAAUGAUGGUAAACUAUCCUUGGAGGAGUUUAUUAAAGGUGCCAAGAGUGACCCAUCUAUCGUCCGGUUACUGCAAUGUGAUCCCAGCACGGCCUCACAGUUCUGAGCCUCGCUGCAGCCUGGGAAACCUUCAUUUCUUCCAGUGGCCGUGCCUCGCCUCUGCAUAGCGGAGUGUCUCAGAAUCCUUUUGGGCAUUAGAUGGACAUGAAUGCACUGCCAACCAAUCAGCCCACUUCCUACCCCAUAAUUUAUUUAUUACUCUAAAUCUUGUAUUAUGUUUAUUAUAUGGAGUAACCUUGAGUUGCAUGGAGAAUUUGGGCACAAGGGAAGAGUGGGUUGGGCAUUUUUAUGUGUGGAAAGGGACCCCAAGACACCUUGCCGGUUUUGCUACAAACUGUAAUACCUGGUUGGGAGCUUGUCUGUUUUUCAUGGAAACAAGGUGGUCUACAUGAAAUGAGCAAUGAUGGGUAAUGAAUGCACUAAAGCAGGGAGUUACUAUGCACGCUACAUUUAAUAUAAUAUUAAUUAGGGGAAGAGAGGUAGCUAAUUACCGUAGUUUCCUAUCUCGUUUAGAUUUGCACUUUCUAUGUCUCCUUCCUCUCAACAGAGGGGGUAUGAUUUAACUAGUGUUCUGUUUUGGGUAGGUGAUCUGUGAAUAAUAAUUUUACCCUUCUUCAUUUUUCUACUUACAGAAUCCACUCCAUUAAAAUAUGCCAGUGUUCACCGUAAACCAGUUUGGAGGAGUCAAUAAAUAACCAAUGUGCAUUUCUGUCAUCUAUAUAACAUAAGUUCAGGGACCCUUAAAGGGAGUCUGCCACCACAUUUUGACAUUAUAGACCGCUUACAUAGCGC